AUGCUCUCUCGCUCCAUCCAAUCAUCCCGGAUAAGCUUUCGAGCCACUUCAUCUCUGCCUCGGUCUUCCAUCGGGCAAAUCCGUGGUCAAACGACCAACCGAAUUCUGGCGACCCUCAAUUCUACCCGCUCCAUCCCCAAGGACUCAAUUGCUCCUCACUCUCGCCUCUCCACAAUCUCGCGACACUUCUCAUCGUCCUCUGUCUCUAAGAACCAGCAGUCGUCCAACAUGGCUCCCAUAGAAACGCAGCAGUACGAUUAUAUCGUCCUCGGCGGUGGUAGUGGUGGCAGUGGAAGUGCCCGCCGGGCCGCAGGUUGGUAUGGCAAGAAGACCCUGAUCGUGGAGAGUGGUCGAUCUGGUGGUACCUGUGUCAACGUGGGAUGUGUCCCCAAGAAGAUGACAUGGAACUUUGCGACCAUCAACGAGAUGUUGCACAUUGGAAAGAACUAUGGCUACGACAUCCCCGAAAACAUUACCAUGGACUACACUCACUUCAAGAACACCCGUGACGCCGUCAUCAAGCGAUUGAACGGUGCCUACGAGCGUAACUGGGGCCGCGAAGGAAUCGACCUCGUUCAGGGCCGUGCAGGCUUCGUCGAGCCCAACACCAUCGAGGUUAAGCUGGCCGACGGUUCUGGCACUGCCCGCUACACUGCGCCGCACAUCCUGCUGGCGACUGGUGGCCGCCCCAACAUCCCCUCCGUUCCUGGCGCCGAGCACGGUAUCACCAGCGAUGGAUUCUUCGAGAUGGAAGAGCUUCCCCCGAAGAUCGCCGUCGUCGGUGCUGGAUACAUUGCCGUUGAGAUCGCUGGUGUCCUGAACGCUGUUAACGUUGAGACUCACAUGUUCAUUCGCGGCGAGAACUUCCUGCGCAAGUUCGACCCUAUGAUUCAGAAGACCAUGACCGAUCGCUACGAGGCCGCCGGUGUCCAGCUUCACCGCAACCACUCCGGCUUCAAGGAGGUGCAGCUCAUCCGCGACGGUAAGGGCAAGGAUCGUCUGAUCAAGCUCAUUGGUCAUGACGGCUCCGAGCUCGAGGUCAACGAGCUCCUCUGGGCUGUGGGUCGUGCACCCGAGGUUGAGGACCUGCACUUGGACAUCCCUGGUGUUAAGCUGAAUGCUGGCGGCUACGUCGUGGUUGACGAGUACCAGAACACCUCGGUUGAGGGUGUUUACGCUCUCGGUGACGUGACAGGCCAGGCCGAGCUGACUCCUGUUGCCAUUGCCGCCGGCCGCCAACUCGGUAGCCGCCUCUUCGGUCCCCCUGAGCUGAAGCACUCUAAGCUCAACUACGAGAACAUCCCCACCGUUGUCUUCUCCCACCCCGAAGUUGGCUGUGUCGGUCUCACCGAGCCCGAAGCCCGCCAGCGCUACGGCGAUGACAAGAUCAAGAUCUACCACACCAAGUUCACUGCCAUGUUCUACGAUGUCGGCUUGUCCCCCGAGGAGAAAGCCAAGAACCCCACUGAGAUGAAGAUCAUCUGCGCUGGUCCCCAGGAGAAGGUUGUCGGUCUGCACAUCCUUGGUCUUGGAGUUGGCGAGAUGCUGCAGGGCUUCGGUGUUGCUAUCAAGAUGGGUGCUACUAAGCAGGACUUUGAUAGCUGCGUUGCUAUCCACCCUACCAGUGCUGAGGAGCUUGUUACUAUGCGGUAA